UUCAGCCAGCCAAACUCACAAGUAGAACCUUUUUUUUUUUUUUUAAAAAAAAAGAGUAGAAUUAUGGGAGUUGAACUUUUUCAUUCAUAUAAAACAAAAAAAAAACACUUUUCAAAAUCUUAAAUAUGCUAUAGUUCAAGGCGCGCAUAAAUUUCUCAGUCAUCGGAUAGUUUCGGACAGAGCUGCCUCCAUUCGCCGCCACCGGCCCACCAUCACCACCACAGUCCACAGGUCUGAAAUGGAUAGGGUUCGGCAAGAAAAGAUACAGAGAUUCGAAGAGUUUGUUGAUCGCCGCUUGAAGCCGGAUCUUGUUCACGCUAUUGCUGAAAGGCAUUUGGACAAGGUCUUUGAACAACAAAAAGUUUUCUCUGAUCUGAAAAGAAACAUAGAGACGUUGGAGAAUAAUAGUGUAACCAGUCUGAGGACAUUGGUCAAUCUUGGUUCUGAAGUGUAUAUGCAAGCUGAUGUGCCAGACACAAGUCGUAUAUUUGUCGAUGUAGGACUUGGAUUUCAUGUUGAGUUCACUUGGUCUGAAGCUUUACAAUAUAUUGCUGCAAGGGAGGAAAAGUUGGACAGGCAAAUAGAGGAUUAUACCCGCCUAAUUGCAUCAAUCAAGUCGCAGAUCAAGAUGGUUUGUGAAGGGAUUAGAGAAUUACUCCAACUUACUGAGGUUUCUUAAUGAAAUGAGUAUCAUGGAUUGCUUCUAGCAAGAAAAAGCCAAAGAAAGUUUGCAGCCAAAGAGUUUGCUUAAUAGGGUACAAUGAGGGAUAGGAGCUGCACAUAUUCAUGUACAUCCAACCACUAUUUCGUAGUGGAAAUCAACUACAAUGCCCUUACUGGCUUCUGCUUUGUGACAUUAUGUGAAGCAAUUUGCUUGCUUAAAACCUGUAGGAAUCUUUAAUAGAGGUACCUCCAUGGAUGCUGUCACAUGAAACGCUGAUUGCCUUACUUCCUCUGUGGAAGUCGAACAUCAUGUGGGAAACGAGCGGGUAGACAGAGUAGAACAGAGGAGGCAGCCAGAUAGGAGUACAAUAAUCCAGGAACAAGAAAUAAAGAGGAAGAAUUCAAUUUCUGCUU